AAAGAGUGGGAGCAAGAGUAGAAGAGGGAGCAAGUGGAGGCAAAACCAGGGAAAAGAAGCUGACUCAGAUUCUGAUAAAGAGUACAAACUGAAGCCACAGCACAUCUGCCAUGAGGAAUCUUCCGUUUCCCCUUGUGAUCAUAUGCCUGCUUUCCAUCAAAGCUUGCUGUCCGCUGCCAACAACAUCCGGAGCUACAGGGACAUAUCCCCGGGGUCACGGGCUUGUCACAGAUCCUUACUAUGACUAUGAAGAUACAACCUCUUCUGCUGUCAGCUCGUCUCCAAAAGGAACCCUGCAGCGGUGUGACUAUGAUCGCUGCCGUGAGAGACAGAUCCCUUGUAGGGAAUUGUCAGCCUCCACCGGCUGCUUGUGUCCGGGGUUCACCUUAUCUGAUCAGGCUCCAGGAGAGCCCAUCCUUAAAUCUGUGUCCUUGAAUGGGUCAGUAGUUGUGGUUCAGUGGUGUGAACCAUUAUCAUAUGUCACAUCUUAUAUUGUGACAGUAGGAGGACAAGAAAGGCAGAAAUUUGGAAGAGACCAAAGGAGUGGCACAGCAGGCAAAAUAGACAACAUAGCAGAAGUUUGUGUGGUUGCUGUAAAUGAAGCUGGACAAAGUGAUGGGUCAUGUAUGAUGUACCAGCCCACGGAUAACAGCCUGCCUCUGACAGCAGGACUCAUCGGGGGAUCCUUGGGCUUCCUGCUGCUUCUUUUGCUGGCUGUCCUGCUGUGGAGGCGCAGGAGGCAAAGAAAAUACGAGGCCAGCGUGUCUAUGAUGAACACAGCCGAGGCACAGUGAACAGAAAACACUGCACGCCUGAACACUUCAUGUAACAAGACUGGUCCUUCUUACAGUUAAUUAACUGUGAGAACAUUAUAAUGUUGGCAAUGAGAGGCUUUCUCAAAACAGGAGGAAACAGUGUUCAUUAGUAUAUAAUAUGUGAUUGGUCGUAUUAAUUACUGGUGUCUUCAAGGAAGUUCCCCUAAAAGCUGCAUAAAAUAAUAAGUAACUGAAAAAUCAAACAACAAUGAAGCAAAUUCUUACUUCUAUUUAGUGAGAGAGCACAUCCCAGUAUUACAUCCCUACACAGGGCCGCUUAACUGAAAAAAAGCAUAAUUUGUAGUUAAUUUACACUUAACAUGAUCAAAUAUUCAAACACGCAUUUGUGAAAUGCUCAGUCUGAAAUACUUUUAAAAGUGUAACAUUGCAAUGACAAAAUCUGCUACAAACAAAAGUGGCAGAAAACAAGAUGACACAGAAGUGAUUCUGCAAUAUAAAUAUAAUUUAAAUGGAGUUUAGCAGCAUCUGUUACCAUUGAGACAUACAGUAGAAGAAUGAAAAUAUUUUAUGUGAAACUCUCUGUGAGAGUCAUUUGCAUUUUGUCUUUAUUUAAGUGUGAAUUGAUGUGGCAUUAAGGGAUUAUGAAAGCAAAUUGUGUGCUGUAUUAUGUUGAAUAUUUAUGGGCUGUAUUUGUUGAUUUUGCCUUUACAAAGUUUUCUGGUACUGUCACUGUUGAGGCUUGAGCUACUGUGUAAGAUUGUUAAGUCUCAUUAAACUGAUGCAGAACAUUGCCUUAGCUGCACUCAUAUGUUCAAACGUCAUGCUUUGUUACAGCUUUUGGAUGGGUGUGUCUGUUUUUUUCCAUCUGUCCUGGUAUCGGAAGCAGCUUUAGAGAGCUGGAUGAGCACCAGUGUUCAGUGUUUUUUUUUCCCAGCUGUCAUACAAUAGUCUUUUUGAGAGGAUAUGGAUUUUGCAAGGCUUGCGUUAUUCUAGCAGAGACUUCUAGUCAGCACAGCAGCUGACUUCAGCUUCAGGCUUUCCUGCCACGAUGAGAAGAAGAAGAAAGUCCAAUAUUUUAAUCCUCCCAGUUUAUCUCAUGUUCAAGCCUCCAUCUGUAUGUCUCCCAGUCAUGUUAUAAUUCCUUUUUGCGCUGGUUGCUGUCGCUGAGCUUUUCCACCGCUCCCAGCACCAUUUAAAAAAACUUGUAGCAGUGAAACUUAAAACACAGUGAUGUCUGGAAGUCAUCUAACAUCUGUAAUGUUCAGACACAGCCAACUGUUUGUUGCAGUGGGUGAAAUGAUCCCAAGAUGCAGCUUUUAUGCGAUAAACUGCCCUCACACUGAAACUGGAAGGAAAUCUUCACAUAAAUGGGGCACAAUGAGUGGAAUCACAUUGGUGUACUGUGUCAAGUGUUGGUAACAGCUGGUUUUAAAGGAGCCAAGCUGUUAUGCGCUUAAAUGCAAAAUAUAACAACACUGAUAAGCAGUGGUGGAACAGUCGCGCUGUUCUUGACACAGAGGAGAUUUCUUACAAGAAAAAAACAUGUAGCUGUAUUUUAUUCUGAAACUGGCAAGCUUAGUCCUUUUUAGAUUAGAUUAUAAAAGAAAACCAACAUGAUGACCUCUGUUUUUGUAAUUGUAAGUGUUCUCAGAGUCUUCUCAAUAAAAGUGAAAAAGAUCUCAA